GUCGAAUGCUGGGCAACCAUCCAAACGGACCAAUUCGUAUCCACCACCUAAGGUACCUACCUACUUACCUGCUUUCUCACAUCAUCCUACAUCACCUACGAUACAAUUGACGUGAUUCUGGGCCGUCAGAAACUCCGUUGACGAUAUAUUCAAUAGUCACAACACUGGAGUUUCGGGCCAGAAAUCAUUUUUCAUCUACAACAAGCAGACGCGCUAAAUUGGUCCAGCGACACUGUCUAGCAUUGGUAACUCAAAAAGCCUCUCAUCGGCCGAAAUCCGGUCCUGCCCACGUGAGAGUCGCUGGCACCGUUUUGGACGCGUCUAUAUCUUGCAUAUAGCACCCCGCACUCGAAAAUGCAUCUUCCACGGCCCCUGAUAUCGAAGCUAUACCUGCACCUGCAGAAGACGCGCCACGCCCUCGCACCGCCCGUCCUGAUCCUCGUCGCCCUCGAGCCCGACGCACUCUGCGCCUGCCGCAUCCUCACCCGCCUCCUCAAGCAUGACUACAUACCCCACAAGAUCCAGCCUGUGGCUGGCUACGCGGACCUGGAGCGAGUCGGCAGGGAGCUCGUCAGCCCUAUGAUGGAGACCCGCGGCGGCUCCGGAGGUGUUGUGGUCUGCCUGGGCGUCGGCGGCACCGUAGAUCUGGGCGUCAUGCUCGGUCUGGAGCCCGAUGAAGAAGACACAGGCAGCAGUGGCACUGAUUCCUAUGGAGGCGUAGAGGUGUGGGUGAUCGACUCUCACAGGCCGUGGAAUCUGGGCAACGUUUUCGGAGGCCACCCGCUCGAGCCAGAGACUGCUGGUGGAUCAAAGGCUUUCUCCUCUAGGGCGCCCCCCGGUGUUUCCAACGGCUGUAUAUCUCAUGCUUAUAAGCCGUCCAAGGGAGGAAUUAUAGUCUUUGACGACGGGGAUAUCGAAGAGAGCCUGGAGAAGGAGCGGGAAGCAUACAUGUCGUUGGUGGACAUGCCGGACGUUGAAGACAAUGGGGAGAACCUGGAAGGCAGCGACUCUGAAAGUGGAUCCGAUAAUUAUGAUGAUGAUGAUGAUGAUGAUGAUGAUGCAGAAGAGACUCCCGUGCGGGCUGGCCAAAAGCGUAAAUCUCUUGACGACUUUGACGAUGACGAAAGUGGAGACGACAACAGGCCAGCACAAAGACGGAGGAGCAAUACGGGGAGUCCCGUUCCAGAAUCUCCACGACCACCAGAGAGACGCGGGUUGAUAUCACUACAAGACUCAGCCGUGUUCUCCUCAAGCGAUCCCAGCCCGCCGUCGGGUGCGCAACCUCCUAAGGCCCCUUCUGCUCGGAAAAUGCGCAGGCAAUUACUGCGUCUACGUCGAGAAAAGGAAGGCACACUACGAAAAUACUACCGUCUUGGCACGUCGUACUCGGAACCCAUCUCCUCCAUGAUCUACUCCCUGGCUUCCGAGCUUGGUCGAGAGGACAACGACAUGCUUUGGCUCACUAUAGUCGGCGUUACAUCCAUGGAGCUGUAUGGGCGAUCGUCGGCCGGAGUCGCAGUUUCAGCCCGCAGCUCCGACAACAGGUUAAAGUCUGGUUGGAUGGGGAUGCGCGGUGCCAGCAUACGACAGCUUCUGCGUGAUGAGGUACGCCGCCUGAAUCCACCAGAAGUAUCUGGCAGCGGGCAGGGAAGGUUUACGGCGGAAGGCCAGGGUAUCAUUCCGACGACGGCGAGGAGUCCCGAGGAUACCAGUAUCCGUCUCUCGCCCGAGCCCAAAUUCCUCCUCAUCCGGCACUGGAGCCUCUAUGACAGCAUGCUGCACUCUCCCUAUCUUUUCUCGCGGCUGAAGAUGUGGAGCGAGACAGGACUGAAGCGGCUGCACAAGCUCUUUGCCAAGAUGGGCGUCAGCCUCGUUCAGUGCAGGCAAAGCUACACGCACAUGGACAUGGUGCUGAAGCGCGAGCUCCGAGUGAAGCUGCUCAAGUAUGCAUCGCUGUACAACUUGGAUGAUAUGGUGCCCACGAUCGACACGGACGGCAGAGAUAGGGGUGGCGCCAAGGAUGGAUGGGGCUUCGUGCGCAGCUGGGGUUGGCGUGCUACACUCAGCGCACAAGAUGUCGGUGUCGUCAUAGGGGCCCUUCUUGAGGUUGGGAAACAUGCCGGUUCCUCGGAUGAUUCCGCUGGUAGGGAUGGAGCAUCCCAGUUGGAAGAGCCCGACGACAACCACCUGGAGAUGCUGAGUGAAGAGUGGAUCCCCCGCUUCUGGGAGGCAUACGACGCGCUUGAGGAUAUCGAGGCUUUGAAGCAAGGGCUGCCCACUGCACAGUUUCUCCACCGUGCAAUCUUCAACACAGGUACGACAUUACUAAAGAAGAAGCAGAUCAGGCAUUUACGAGCGUUCCGCAUGUGCAUCGUCAAAGACGGACCAGACGUUUCCGUAUUUAACCAUCCUGGGGCGCUCACCAAGCUUGCUCUGUGGAUCGGUGAGGCGCUGGCUGAGCAGGAGAAGGAGUCUACAGGGCGCCUGAGCAACAAAGGUCGCGGUACUCCACUUGUGGCAGCGUCGCUCGACGAGAAGCGCGGUGUUUAUAUUGUGGUGGGCACAGGUGGUGGAGGCGGCGGAGCGGACCUGCCUGCCGACAAGAAGAAGAAGGCCGAAGAGAAGAGGGCAAAGGCCAAGGCGCGAGAGGAAAGCCGCAAGGCCAAGGAGAGGAUACGGGAGGAGAAACGCGCCGCCAAGAGGGCGGCUGGGGCGGACGACGAGGAGGAGACAGAGUCUGAGGGCUCUGAGGGCUCUGACGACGACGAAGAUUCCAGCGAGGACGAAGAUGAUGGGCCCAAGGAAAGGGGACACGGCCUGAACCGUUUUGGCAAUGCAUUCCAGGACGUUGUGACAGAAACAAAUGCUAGGAUACGCAUCGACAGCUUCGAACACUGUGUUGUUGAAGUCAAGAAAGAGGAUCUUGGAGGGUUCCUGGAGAGCUUGAGCAUGAAGGCUGUGGUGGGAUGAUUUGGCAAUCAAUUCACAGGCCAAGUUAAUAUGGGUAUAAUGACGGCAAGGGAUGCAAAACGGGGGUUUUUGAGAGGGCAUUUUUAGCUGGCUUCUUUGUGUUUCACAGCUUUGGCGUUCUUGGAGUACAGUAGCAAGUGCGUGCUUUUUCCCGGUCUAAGUGUCCCGAGUUGGUAUAGCGCGAUAAUGGUGGUAACAUUUAGUAAAAACGAGCAUAUGAAUCUUGGAACGAUUUUUGAUGGUACAG